AUGUUAGCUCCGGCGGCCGCCACUGAGUCGCCGUCAUCACCGAGCGGCGCGAGGAAGGCCGAGGAAGACGACCGCCGUCCAUCGUGGCGUCUCAAGGUGGACGACAACGACAAGAACAGGUUCUGCCUGGAGGACGUACGAGGCAAGGAGCUCGCACCCAACGACCUCCACAACAACAACAACAACAAGAACGAGGAUGAGGGUGCAGAGCUACGCAGCGGCGGAGGGACAGGACAGAGCCGCGAGGGCUCGCAGGCCGCCAUCCAGCGGCGCAAGAAGCCAAAGCGUCGCAGCACCGGCGUCGUACACGUCGAUAUGGACGAAAUUGACCCUGAGAAAAGGGCUCAAAAACAGCAGCAGCAACAGCAACAAGAAGAGCACGAAGACCAUGGCCCGGAGUCUCUGGAUAACGGCGAAACUAGCGUGAGCGGUGAGCGGGCGGGUGAGAGUGCGGCCAGCAAGACAGGCUCGACAGCCUCCCUCGCGUCCCGGUCGUCGUCAGGUCCAGCGGACGGCGAGAUCAACUACAAGAAGAACUCGACCAAACUGGCGACCGCGGAGGCUGACCGGCGGGAGAAGCGCGCCCUCGAGAGGAAGCUCGCAGAGAUGGAGGAGGAGCUCAGGCAGCUGCAGAAGCUGAGGGCUGAGAAUGAGAAGCUGAGGGCUGAGAACCGCGCCCUCACGAGGGUUGUGUCCAAACUCACCAGCACCGCCGCCCUCGCCGUCCACGCUGCUAAAUGA